UAUAUUCGUGUUUCCCCUUUGGGUGUUUUUGGUUGGUGUUGUUUCACGACAUGAAGGGUAAAACAACUAAGAAAGGCGGCAAAGGCCGAGCCUCUGGUGGGAUUAAAAAAGAUGGAAAUCGAAAGAAUAAGGGUCAUGGUGUUAAACCUAAAGAUCCUGAUGACGAUGAAUAUUUAUCGGAUAUCGAGGCGGAGUACCUCGACGACAUACCCGAGUUUAUCGCAAAGAAAGUUCACAAAAUGGUGAAUGAGAACGACCAAGAGUCAAUUAAGAUCGCAAUAGUCAAUGAUUCUGACUUCCUGAGUCAGGAUAAGCUGGUAUCUGAUACUCUCAAUGAGAUUGAUGGUUUUAUGCCUGAGAGUUCGAUACCCAGUAGUACCAUAGAGAUCGGUCAGCUGAGCGAGCGCAUCUUUAAAAUUCCAGAGGCUGAGACAGAAUCAAUUCGUAAGAUGAGAGCAGUAUUUAGUGAGAUUGGCGUAUAUAUGUCAAAAUACACUAGUGGUGGUCUUCCAAAAGCAUUUAAAUUUCUUCCUCGUAUGUCAAAUUGGGAAGAAUUUUUAGAGCUGACCCAUCCGGAGAACUGGACGCCUAAUGCUAUGUAUGAGGCUACUCGUAUAUUGGCAUCUAACAUGACUGAUAGCACGGUUGAAAAAUUCUACAGCAAAGUGCUUUUGCCAACUGUGCGUAAAGACAUUCGCGGCAGUAGGAAGUUAAACUACCAUUUAUAUAUGGCAUUAAAGAAAGCUAUGUAUAAGCCAACAGCUUGGUUUAAGGGUAUUAUGGUACCUUUAGUCGAGGAGGGCUGUUUAUAUCGUGAGGCUGCUAUUAUCGGAAAUAUAUUACGUCGUAUGUCAAUACCUAUACUUCAUGCAUCUGCUUUCAUUCUACGAUUAUGUCAAUGUCAAAGAUGGUAUGGUAGCAGCAGUUUUAUUAUGUCUAUCAUGCUUCAAAAGCAGUACAACUUGCCAAAGAAUGUUGUGCAAGAAUGUGUACAAUAUUUCUGCAAAUUUGAAAAUUUUGGCGACCUAUUACCUGUAAUAUGGCAUCAGUCCUUGCUUAUUCUGGUUACAAGUUAUAAGCAUUAUUUCACUCCAGCUGAUUUCGCUAGCAUAAAGCGAUUGACAAAGGUACACGUGCAUCCUCAUAUAACUCCUGCUAUCAUUCACUUGUUGUCGUGUACGAUAAACGAAGUUGAAAUUUAACAUAAAAGUGGUAUAUGAUGACUAACACAAUGGGAAUCUCUCCGAUUUUGUUGAGGAUUUGUUACGUCUGAACCACAAUAAUAACCUAUCGGUUAAAUAAUAUUUUGUAAAUACCG